AUGACUUGUGGUAUAGAGAAUCUAGAAGAAGACGCAGCGGGGAAAGAAAUUCAUUUUGUUGUUUGGGUGCAUGGAUUGUGGGGCAAUCCAGGACAUUUGAAAUACUUUGUAGAACAGUUGGAUGAAAAAUACGGCGAUCAAAUACAUAUCUUAAACGCCAAGUGCAAUACGUCCGAGUACACAUACGACGGCAUUGACAUUUGUGGAGAGAGACUCACCGAAGAAAUAAUGGAGGAGUAUAAAAUUUUAAAAGAUAGAAACUAUAAAGUUACUAAAUUCUCGAUUAUCGGUUAUUCGCUCGGUGGUUUGGUCUCGCGCUAUGCAAUCGGUGCAUUAUCUGAUGAUGGCUUUUUCAAGGAAGUUGAGCCAUGGCUCUUUACUACGUUUGCGACGCCUCACUUGGGAAUACGUAGAGAAGAUGACACGACUUAUAACAAGGUAUUCAACUGGGUAUCUUCACGUAUACUGUCAAAGACUGGUGAGCAGUUGCAGUUGGUUGACGAAUAUGAAGACGAUAAACCACUUAUCCACGUGUUAGCGGAUCCAGGAAAGGUGUUCUAUAAAGCCCUUUCGACUUUCAAGUAUCGUAAGCUUUACGCAAAUACGUAUAAUGAUAGAACAGUACCAUUCUGGACAGCUGCCAUCGUGGACGUCAAUCCAUUUGACAACAUGGACAAGCUUAACAUAACAACAAAUAAAAAUUGGCCGUCUAUCAUAGAAUCAGUACAGUUGAAAGAAGAAGCAUCGACGGUUGAUACAAUGGCACUAGCCAAAAGUUUACCCCGUUAUAUUAUAGCCGGCGUGGCUGCUCCUAUUGUUGUUCCAAUAUGGCUUACUUUUGCGUUGAGCACUCUAACAGUACAAUCAGCUCGAUCUCGACGACGGGUACAGCAAAUAAUAGAUACUCGCACGCGUGAAGGUAAACGCGUAACACGUAUGUCCCAAGCAUCACCAUUUUCAAUAGUAACAUCAGAUAUCGAAGAAGGAAGCAUAGAAGCAGCAAUGAAUAUAAAAGGCUUGUUUCCUUCAGGAUCCACGUCACCCGUUACCGAGAGCGCGGGGGAAAUUCUUGGAAAACCGACUGGCGAUUUGUACAGUAUGAUCGAAUCGUGUAACAGCCAGUCUUUGUUAUUGUUGCAAGCACAGAAAGACGCACUCAAGCACUUGAAUAGUUUAAAAUGGGAGAAGCAUGCUGUCUAUAUUGACACUCUGAACGCUCAUGGGGCUAUCAUUGUGAGAAACAAAAGAUUUUAUAGUACCGGGAAGGAUGUUGUCAGGCAUUUUGUUGAUAAUGCGUUUGUAAUUUAG